GUGGCAGUCGAUAUGGAAUUUGCCAAAAACAUGUAUGAGUUGCACAAGAAGGUGUCUCCUAGCGAGAUCAUCUUGGGCUGGUAUGCAACAGGCCAUGACAUCACAGAACACUCUGUCCUGAUCCAUGAAUAUUACAGCCGCGAAGCACACAAUCCAAUCCAUCUCACUGUGGACACGAGUCUCCAGAAUUCACGCAUGAGCAUUAAAGCCUAUGUCAGUGCCCCAAUGGGAGUCCCUGGUAAAACUAUGGGCGUGAUGUUCACACCUCUGACAGUGAAGUAUGUUUAUUAUGACACAGAGCGGAUAGGAGUGGAUCUUAUCAUGAAGACUUGUUUUAGCCCUAACCGAGUGAUUGGCUUGUCAAGUGACUUACAGCAGGUAGGGUCAGCAUCAGCCAGGAUUCAGGACACCCUCACCAUGGUGCUGCAGUAUGCAGAGGAUGUGUUGUCUGGCAAAGUGGCUGCUGACAACACUGUUGGUCGUUUCCUGAUGGAUCUCAUUAACCAGGUGCCAAAGAUUUCACCAGAGGACUUUGAGACAAUGUUGAACAGCAAUAUUAAUGACUUGCUGAUGGUAACCUACUUGGCAAACCUCACACAGUCACAGAUUGCUCUCAAUGAAAAACUUCUGAGUUUAUAAAGAAAAUUGUGCCACCCUACGCUUCAAAAAGCCGUAAGAAUGGGCAGAUACACUUUUCUAUGUUGUUACAAGAUUUCCCCAGAUAUUAAUUUAAUUACAUAGAUGACUUGGUUUACAUCUUUGUUUCCGUUGCCCUGAAAAAUCCUUACCAUGGUUUAGGAAACUCAUGGGAAUGGCUGCAAUUUAGAUGAGCCUGGUAUUUUUAAAUUGAUUACGUGAAUCUUUUGUCUCCUGAGUUUAUGUACUUGUGUAACAAAAUACAGCUUUAUUGUAAGAAUGUAUUUGAAAUAAAAAUUCCAUUGCAAUGGCAAGAU